CGGCGGACUCAAGCCUGCAGACCUCACCCGCCUCCUCCCUGCCUACCCCAAGUCUUCGAGUCCCGAGACCUUAUUUUCACCUUCCCCCGUCAAUUUUCAACAUCAAUCGAAUCGGCUUCUCUCGUGUUUCCGACAAAGGCACCGCGAAUUGCCCCAGAAGGCUUCAAUUCCGCACACGAGGCUUGCACCCCGCAGCUACGCCGCUGCGCUGCGUUGACAACACUCCCCAUUCGCGAGCGCAUCGUGAAUUACCAACAUCUGCAGACCAGGAACUCGAGCACCGGAGCCAUUCGAAAUUCGCUGAGAAGCUUGCGCAUGACCACGACUUGAACUAAAGUUUGUUGUACUUGUCUGGCUGCCUUCGCAGCACUGCGAGGCAGCUAAAGGAUUUGGACUCGUCGAAGACAUCCAACCUUCGACACCAUGUCUCUCUUCAGCAAGUUUAAGGGGGCGGCGUCUUCUGCAAGUCCAGGCGUUAAUUCUCCUUCGCAUAAGAACAAGAAAGAUGUCGAACCGGAGCCAGAAAUCACACCACUCGUCAAGAUGCUACAAAAUGCGGGGCCGAUACGGAGCGAUGGAAGCGAUAAGUUCUUUGGGAUGGAGAAUUUUGGUAACACUUGUUACUGCAAUUCGAUUGUUCAGGCCUUAUACUACUCAGUCCCCUUCCGAGAAAACGUUAUCAACUAUCCCCCACAUUCUCCUCUCGAUACACCGAGUGGGCACCCAACAGUCUUCACUCCAAUACGGGCAAUUCAAAAUGGAGGCGCGGUGUCUCAUCCGAAUAAACCCAAGGGGAUCUCCGCGGCGGAAGCGAUGAGGAGAAGAGCAGCUAUAAACGCAGGCCAACCUAUACCUACCACCCCAGGGCAAAGACCAGAGGAUAAGCCAGAUUCUCCCGAAUACAAGAAGAAACAUGCCAUGCUUGCAGGCCCAAUACUAGAGCUCACAUAUGAGAGCGCGAAUCCGUAUGGUAUGGAGGAAUCAACAUUUACUGCCCUGAAAGACAUAUUCAUGGCGCUCAUUGCAAACCAAUCACGGACGGGAGUUCUUAGCCCACAGCGAUUCUUGGAGAUCUUCAAGCGCGAUAAUGAGAUGUUCCGAACAUCGAUGCAUCAGGACGCACACGAGUUUUACGGGUUGGUUCUGAACGCAGUCAUUUCCAACGUGGAAGCAAAUGCGCAACGGAUUAAGGAAUUGGCUCCACCACAGGACGACAGUAGUCUAGCUCAGUCCAUGAAGACAGCAGUAACCUCGGCAGCUACAGCAAUGGGCUUGACCUCCGGGGCGAGAUCACCUGGAACUGGAUGGGUCCACGAAAUUUUCGAGGGAGUUUUGACUUCAGAGACCAAGUGCUUAACUUGCGAAACGGCAUCUCAACGAGACGAAACCUUCCUGGAUCUUUCUAUCGAUUUGGAACAACAUUCGUCAGUGACGUCCUGCUUACGGAAGUUCUCAGCCGAGGAAAUGCUUUGCGAGAGGAACAAGUUUCACUGCGACAACUGUGGUGGCCUUCAAGAAGCGGAGAAACGUAUGAAGAUUAAGCGAUUGCCUAAGAUCCUGGCUCUUCACCUCAAAAGAUUCAAAUACACCGAAGAUAUGACACGCCUACAAAAACUCUUCCACCGAGUUGUUUAUCCUUACCAUCUUCGAAUGUUCAACACUACAGACGAUGCUGAGGAUCCGGACCGUCUUUACGAGCUCUACGCUGUUGUGGUUCAUAUUGGUGGAAACGCCUACCAUGGACAUUAUGUUUCAGUUAUCAAGACACAGGACCGAGGUUGGCUCCUGUUUGACGACGAGAUGGUCGAACCAGUCGACAAGCACUAUGUACGGAACUUCUUCGGAGACAAGCCUGGCAUGGCUUGUGCUUACGUCCUCUUCUACCAGGAAACCACUGUCGAGGCUAUGAGGAAAGAACAAGAGGCCGAAGGACUAGCUGAGGUAGCACUGGCGUCAGCAGAAGCAGGGAUAGCUCUUGGGCACCCACAACCAAAUGGCACCCAUCCGGCUUCGAUUUCAAAAGCUGUUUCAAUCCCAAGCACGCCUGUGGAUGACAGCCAAGAGUUUGUUUCCUUGGACCAUGCUGUCACAGCCCCUCUUCCUAUGUCGCCUCAAAUACCACGAUCAGCGCCACCGUUCAUUGCCUCCCCAUCUGUCCCUGCUCUCAACGUCACUAAGGUGAAGGCGAAAGAAGAUAAGGAGCGCGAAAAAAAAGAAUCGAAAGAGGCAGAGAAAGCACGAAAAGUGGCCGAGAAAGCCGCCGAGAAGGAGCGACAAAAAGCUGAAGAGAAGAGGAGAAAAGACCUGGAGAACACAAGAAAGGAGAACCAACGGUUGCAAGCCGAACAGGUCAAGCUGGCUUUAGCAGCAAGCAAGCAAUCCGCGGCAGAGGACGAAGAGCGACGGAAAAAGGAAGCAAUUGGGACAGGAACGCCGUCCGAAUCAAGCAAAGAAAAUGGCCACCCAGAAAAAGACAAAUCAUUCGGUGGACUUGGUAGCUUGAGCAGAUCUCACCGAGGAAGCAAAAGCAUGAGCAAGAAGAGUUUCGGAUUCCUGGGUGGUAAAAAUGGGGAAGGAAAAUUAACAGACGAUUCGUCACAUACGGCAGUUGAAGGGGAAGCAGGACCGCAAACCCCGGAGAAGCAUUCCAAGACUUCGAAUGGCCGAUUCAGCUUCAGUGGCCUGGGCAGGAAGAAGAGCAAUCUAAUGAACUCGUGA